AUGGUCUACGUCCGCCAAAAGGAAGAUCCUUGGAACUCAAUCAUCGCCGGCGCCGCCACCGGCGGCUUCCUCCAUAUGCGCCCGGGGUUCGCCGCCUCAGGUGGGGAUGGGCUUCACAUGGCGAAGAUGGUGAGGAUAUGUGGGUCGAGUGAGGAAGGCUUGCCAGCGGCUGGGAGGGGUGGCUAUGAGGGAAGAUUAAUCGUCCUCAAGCUUUUCGACGUCGUCUUCAGUUCCAACUCUGACGAAAGUUUAGUCGUCAUCGGCGAGGAAAUCAAUGAGGGAUUUCAGGAUAUAGCCCAUGAGGUAUCACUACACGUGAUAGUGGAUGGAAAGUUUAUGAAUCCAGAAGAACAUAUUGAUGGAGUCAAAAUUAAGAGAAAUUCUUUGCAUGAUGAUUUUUUUGAUUGUGAUUUUAUGGGUAAUGUAGCUACAGAUGAGUUUUUGACUCGUAAUGAUAUUCCACCACAGUCACAACCACAACCAGAGUCACAGCCACAGCUAGAGCCACAACCACUUACCAUUUUAGAUGAAGUAGAAGUUGCUGGUCCUUUAGUUUGUAUCGACAAGAUUGAGUUUGGAUCAUCUCAUGGAUCUACCUUCAGUGACAGAUCUAGUUUAGAAGUUGCUCAGUACUUUACAAGUAAGAAUGAUUUGAAGGAAAAGCUGCAUUUAAUAGCUUUGAAGGGGAAGUUUGAGUUUCGAACAACAAAAUCAAAUAAAGACGUGCUUGUAGUAGAAUGUGUGGAUCUGAAAUGUGUGUGGCGUAUCCGAGCCUGCAAACUGAGACUGUCGAACAUGUUUGUAAUCCGUAAGUAUAAUGGUGUUCACUCUUGCUCGUUAGAAAAGCGUUCAGUGAAGCACAGGCAAGCAACGUACUCCGUUAUUGGAAGUUGCAUGAAAAACCAAUUUAUAGGCAUCAAACAGGGUCCAGUUCCCAAAUCGAUUCAGAAAUAUGCCCAUGACGAAUUCGGGACGGACUUCAGUUAUUACAAAGGAUGGAAGACUCGUGAGCAUGCACUUCAACUCGUAAGAGGUACGGCCGAAGAAAGCUUCACUAAGCUCCCAUCAUACUUUCAUAUGGUGUCUCUUACUAAUCACGACAGCAUCACCAAUAUUCAUUUUGAUGAACAUAACCGUUUUAUCUAUCUUUUCCUAGCAUAUGGACCUUGUAUACGAGGUUUUGAUUGCAUGAGGAAAGUUAUCAGUGUUGAUGGAACGUGGUUGAAGGGAAAAUUCAGAGGUACGUUGUUAGUUGCCACUGCACAGGAUAGUGAACGUCAUUAUUAUCCCAUUGCAUGGGCCAUUGUAGACUCAGAGAAUGAUGCAUCAUGGACAUGGUUCUUCUCAAACUUGAAGGAAAUUAUCACUGAUUCUGAGGAAUUAGUUUUUAUUUCUGAUAGGAAUCAAAGUAUAAGUAAUGCAUUGUCUACAGUUUAUACAUUAGCACAUCACGGUUGUUGCACAUGGCAUGUGUCUCAAAACAUCAAGAGUAAUUUCAGAUGUAGCGGUGUUCUGCCAUUGUUCUUUAAAACCGCUGAGGCCUACCGCAUUGACGAGUUUUCUGUCUUGUUUGAUGAGUUGUCUGCAAGAUAUCCCAGUGUUGCUAGAUACCUACAGGAGCAAGUUCGUUUUGAAAUGUGGUCUCGUGCUCAUUUUGAAGGAAAUCGAUAUAAUAUUAUGACAACAAACAUGUCUGAGUCAGUUAAUGCAAUGCUCAAAGAUGUUCAAGAUUACCCUGUCAUUGCCCUAUUUAAUUUUAUACAAGCGAAGAUGUUAGAGUGGUUUAAUAACAAGAGGGUAGAAGCUUCUAAAACUAAAACAUUAUUAAUGCCAAGUGUGGAAAAAACUCUUCGUGAGAGGCAUAACAAAGCGGGAUUUCUAACAACCACAAGACUUAAUACUGUUGAGUUCCAAGUGACAGGUGGAGAGGCCAAUGCAAUUGUCAACAUUGGAGCGAGGAGUUGCACUUGUCGUGUGUUCGACCUUAAGUAG